AUGGAGAAGUCAAAGUUGAUCAUGACAAGAAAGAGACGUCCGAGAGAAUUAGAAGAGGAUAACAAGAUGGAGAAGGAGAAGGAGAAGGAAAAGAAGAUGGAGGCUGAAACAGAGACGGAAACGGACGUAAAGACAGAGAACAUUGUUAAAGAGCAUGAUUCGAAAAAAUCAAAAAAUCAAGAUAAAAAAAAGAAGGUAUCGAAAACGGUCGAAAUUAACAACGAGGAAUCUGAAAAUUCUAAUAUUGAAAAAAAUAAAAUUCGUAGUAAAUCGACGUCCACGAUUAAUGCGGAAAACGUCGAUCUCACAGAAGAGAGUACGCCGAAUAAGAAGUCUAAGUUAGAUAAAAAGACAAAAAAGAAGAGCCAGUGUCAACAUUCGAAAAACAAAAAGGUAGACGAAUCGAACGCCAAAGAGUUUAUUAAUGUAGAUGAUAUAGAAGAAGAUAAAGAUAAGGUAUUCAAACAGAAAAUGCGUUAUGUAGACAAUAAGGUCAAUGGAGAAACACGAAAUGAACGUUAUGAAUAUAAUUAUGAGGAAGAAGAGAAAGAAUCGACGUUGGUGUCAGGAAACAAAGUCGAGUGCGAAGAAAACCAGAAUUUUGAAGAAGAGCAUGGUUGUUGUUUUAACAAAGAGAACGUCGAUGAAGAAGUUAAUGUUUGA